CGGACGAAGUUCUUAAUCGGAUGGAGUUCCCAAAACUUGCUCUCUAAGCCAUUCGAAGUUUGUCGUUCAAUUCUGCCAUUGCAUUGAUCGUAAACACCUGACCAGUGUAGCGCCGUGUACGCGAUGUGGUUGCUCCCACUGCUGACAGUCACGACGGCCGUACGUCUGGCCGCGGGGCAGGUCGAGCUCGUGGAGUUGUCGUACACUUACUUGGACGGCGCGCCGACGAGCCCCAAGCUGCGCCCGCUCGAGCUCAACGUCGUCAAGAAAGGCACCAACAAAUUUGGCAUCUGGGUGGAACUCAACGAGUUCUGCAGCUCAGAACACUCGGGCACCCAUAUCGACGCCCCCGUGCACUUCUCCCGUGACGGGUGGUCGGUAGACGAGAUACCCGUGACCCGCCUCUACCGCAGGCCGG